UAUUUCAGGGUUUUUUGAGAGGCUUCGGCAGCGACCGACGAAGAAGAAAAUGAUUCGUCGGCGAACCCUAACCCUAGCCUCUCUGAGACACCAACUCGACUCGUAUCGCAACACCAACACAACCAUAACUCGCUUAUCCUCCUCACCCUCUUCGAAGCUUUCGCAAACCCAGAGUCGAAUCGACAUCAGAUGUUUGGUCUCUCAUUGCAAUUUGCCCUCGAAUUCGAUUUCGAUCAACGGUUUGAAGAAUGGGGUUUUGGGUGUUCGUUCGAUGGCCACGCGAACAACGAACGAUUCGAGCAACAGACCUCCGAAAGAGACGAUACUUCUGGAUGGUUGCGACUUCGAGCAUUGGCUCGUUGUCGUGGAGCCUCCUGACUCGAAUCUGGUCCGCGAUGAGAUCAUUGAUAGUUAUAUCAAAACCCUAGCUCAGGUUCUUGGCAGUGAAGAGGAAGCUCGAAUGAAGAUUUACUCUGUCUCGACUCGACAUUAUUUUGCUUUUGGGUGCAUUGUGUCGGAGGAGCUUUCCUACAAGAUAAAGGAGCUCCCAAAGGUUAGGUGGGUUCUUCCAGAUUCUUAUCUUGAUGUUAAGAACAAGAACUAUGGAGGGGAGCCUUUCAUCGACGGUCAAGCUGUUCCUUAUGACCCCAUGUACCAUGAGACGUGGGUACGGAACUAUAAUGACUCAUUACGAAGGAACAGCAACAACAAGACCAGGGGAAGGAGAGAAGACAGGCCAAGGAACAUUCAGAGAAGAGAUAAUAUGACCAGUCAAAAUAUGCAACCUCCUCCACCGCCACCGACGUCGCAGCCAAACCCUCGAAGUGCUUUGAACCAGAAUUUCACACCUACACCAAAUUACCAAAAUCAAGCCCCUCCAAUGCCAAAUUUCUCAAAUGGUAAUAUUCCAGCUCAGAAUGUGCGACCCCCACUACCACCACCAACACCAAAACCCGCACCAAGUCUUCCAAACCAGAAUUUCUCACCUACACCAAAUUACCAAAAUCAAUCCCCUCCAAUGCCAAAUUUCUCAAGUGGUAAUAUUCCAGCUCAGAAUAUGCAACCCCCACUACCACCACCAUCAACACCAAAACCCGCACCAAGUCUUCCAAACCAGAAUUUCGCACCUACACCAAAUUACCAAAAUCAAUCCCCUCCAAUGCCAAAUUUCUCAAAUGGUAAUAUUCCAGCUCAGAAUGUGCGACCCCCACUACCACCACCGUCAACACCAAAACCCCCACCAAGUCUUCCAAACCAGAAUUUCGCAUCCACACCAAUUUACCAAAGUCAGGCCCCUCCAGCAAGCAGGGACAUGCCCUUUCAAAUGCAGAAUCCUGAUGUUCAGAGAACUGGCAUUCCACCUCAAGCGUCAAACAAUAGUUUCCAGAACAGGGAUGUGCUGCCUUCAAUGCAAAGCCACGACUAUCAAAAUAAUUAUGCUCAAUCAAUACAGAAUCGAGAUUUCCAGAGUAGGGAGAUUCCUCCUCCCAUGGCUAAUAGAGGGGUCCCAAAUAGGUACAUGGAACCUCCAACUCAUAACUGGAAUUACCAGAGAAACGAGAUGAGACCUCCCUCGAACGACCUCAAUUUGCAGGAUAGGAAUGUGUCCCAACCAUUGCAGAACAAUGAAUAUCUGAACAGGAACAGUCCUCUCCCAGUGCAUAAUCAGAGGUACCCCAACAGAGAUGUUACACCACCAAAGCAGAAUCAAAAUGUCUACAAUAGGAGUGUGCCACCACAUCCAAUUGAAAAUCAAGAUUUCCACAAUAGGGGAAUGUCGCAUCCUGUGCAACAUCAGGGCGACCCAUAUAACAAUAUGGGAAAUGUUCAACCAAGAGAUGGUCCAAAUUGGGCAAGUGAUAUGGGAUCAAUGCCAAAUGGAGAAUACCAAAAUAAGGGCACGCCUCAUUACACAAGCUCAAGAAAUGAGCCGAACGAACGCUACCAGGGUGGGCACAUGUCUGAUUACACGAACACCGGGAAUGUUCAGGGUAUUGACCGUCGAGGCUGGGGCUCAUCAAAUGCUAGAGACAUGGGGAAUUCACCAAACAGAGACCACCAGUCAGGUGAUACGUCCAAUGGAGAGUUUGAGGCUGUGGCAAAUAGGAACUUCUAGAGUAUGGAAGUAAUGUAUCAAAAGAGAUCUUGAAGUUUCAAAGCAGCAGAAGGUUUGCAAUAUCAGUCCCACUGUUUGAGGUUUUUUGGUGCCUAAAGGUAAGCAUCACCUGCCAGUAUACUUUUACUAAAUAACUAAGGUGUUUAUGUAUCUCUUGAACUGUUUAUGGUUGGUGCUUUGUUAUUUACUUCCUGGUGCUUGCUUUUUUUGUUUUUGCUUUAUUUUUGGAUUAACCUUCCUGAGAGUUGAUCAUAGACUUUUGACUUUAUUGUUUUUAUGGAAUAAAAUGACACAAUUCUUUCUUAAGCA